AUGUUGUCCAUUUUUGGCCGUCGACGUUGGUGUUGGUGGAGCAGCGCCGCCGAUGUUUUUCUUUGGCCUUCGACUGGUGGUCAUGUUCCGUGGCCUUCGAUGGGAGCUUUGGAGCGUGGGAGGCGCAGAGUGAUGGCUGUCGGCGGGAGAGACAGUGGUAGACUGGAAGAGAUGGAGGGAGAGGUCAAGACUAUCGAGACUCGAGAGGCUGUCGGGGUCGGGGAGAGGCCGUUAGGGAGUCGCCGAGACUGCCGAUGGGGACGACUGGUCGUGGUCGCAAUCGCCGCCGCCGUCGUGUCGCCUCUUUGCUGCUGCUUCGAACACUUCUUCAUUCCUUUCCUAGGGGUUUUCUAG